GUGGCACUCGCGAAGGUUGGGGCAUAUCAAGACGCGAUACCGUUUCUCCAUAACUGUCAAUUGUCUGGCGAGCAAAGGCAAGAGCUUAUGUCCAACGUCCUGAGGCACAUGGCUCAGUAUCAAUCCGCAAAUUUUGAACCCGAGUCUCUCUCUACAUUGGGUGAUGCCUUACGCGAUACAUACUCCUCGUCUCUACCACCUCGAACUGUUCGUUGGUGUCUUGAGCACAUCCUUGUUCAUAUUUUGAAGUCGGUGCAUGCUGGCAAAGCCAUAUCGGUCAUCAAAGCAAUUACCCGGACUUCACCAUCAUACUUUAAGCCAUCAUUCUUUUUGCGAUGCUCUCAUGUUUUUCUCAGGCAUAAACAGUAUCGUUAUGCUGUUCAGUUGCUUGAGCUCGUCGGCAGGCUCUACCCGCGUUAUAGCACGAUGUUUCGCUGUGUUGUUCAUGAACUUACGAGGAGUGGGGCUACUUCUCUUGUUCCACGAGCUUGUCUUGCAGUGCCCGGUUCGUUGGGAAAGCACAGAUAUCACUUUACGGCCCGAACAGUCGCCAUACGGGCACAUAUGCCAAUCCGUAUACUGUCCUUGAAGGCCUCAUCGAUGCUGGAUAGGGACCCCUCAGAUAUCUCCACCAUUCGACUUGCGAUGCACUUAUUGAUUCGUGCUGGCAGGAUUCUGGCGACGAAGAAGCUUUUUGCCCGUGUAGCGGAUAAAUUGGAUGCAGAUACCCGCACAUCCCUCUGCAAUAUAUACCUUCAUGGUGUUGUGAUACAACCUUUACCCCGCAAUGGUAGGAAGAUGCGCAAGGUUCUUGCAUCUUUGAACUACCUUGUGGACCACUAUUCCUUCACCCCUGAUCGCGUAACCGUCAACAUCCUCCUUAAAGCGGUCAUGCGAUGGCGCACCAUGUUUGACAACAAGAAGUUACGAGCUCUCUUUGAUCAUAUGAUUCGGAGUGGAUAUCCCGCGGGGGAGCAUGUUUCCUCUGGACGGUUGCCCUUUGGUACGCCGCUGUCCCGCGCGCCCCAGGAGAUGCAGCUGCCCAAACUUCCGCCGUAUAUAUCUUUCGAACGGCAUGCCCGUCCGCUGUACAUGAUGUUCAUCAAGGCAUUCUACUUUCGAAAUGACGUGCAAGCUGCACGCACGGUUAUAGAUAUCCUCAAAGGGGAGAAACAUGCCGUUGCAAUGCGGAACAUGGAACAAGGGCCUCCACACGACGUGACUGAUGAUGUACAUAGUUGAUUAUCGUCGUGCGGUCAUUCCGAUAAUUGUAGCCACGUAGUGCAUGAUAUCUUCCUCGAUGCUUAAUACAUACGCACCCUGUGUGUUAUAGACACUUUUCAGUUACUGAAUUAGAUGGGAUGUAAAUGUAUAUGCUUUCUGACCAACCCGUCAGACUGAAUG